GAUAAGUUAUAUACAGAAGCGAGGGCACACAUAGAACCCAACCGAACAGAAGAGGAGACGGUGAAGGCGAAGUAGUGAGCAGCGAUGAUGGAGUUGUUGAGUUGCAGAAACAUCACGUUCAUCUUCCUCACAGUUUUGAUAUUAACUGCAGAAGCGUCAGAAUCAGAAUCAGGAGAAAGCAGCAUCAUAUCAAGAUUCCAGCAGUACCUGAAAAUCAACACUGCCCAACCCAGCCCGCGAUACGAGGAAGCAGCGGAAUUUCUGAUAUCGGAAGGGAAAAGGCUCUCUCUGGAAUCUCAGAGCAUAGAGUUUGUGGAAGGGAAGCCUCUGGUUCUUCUGAAAUGGGAGGGCACAAAACCCCACCUUCCCUCCAUCUUCCUCUACUCCCACACCGACGUCGUUCCCUCCGAGCACUCCAAGUGGACCCACCACCCCUUCAGCGCCCACCUCGAUUCCCAAGGCCGCAUCUUCGCCCGCGGCUCUCAGGACAUGAAGUGCGUCGGUAUGCAGUACCUCGAAGCCCUCCGCCGUCUCAAGGCCCGAAACUUCCACCCUCUCCGCUCUAUCUACCUCGCCUUCGCACCCGACGAGGAGAUCGGCGGCCACGACGGCGCUGAGAAGUUAGCCCAAUCGGAGAUUUUCCAACGGAUGAAUGUGGGCGUGGUGCUUGACGAAGGGUUGGCUUCCCCCGACGCCCAUUAUAGGGCCUUCUACGCUGAGAGAAGCCCCUGGUGGUUGGUCAUCAAGGCCGUUGGGGCUCCCGGCCAUGGAUCCAAGCUUUAUGAUAACUCUGCCAUGGAGAAUCUCCUCAAGAGCAUUGAAGCUAUCAGAAGGUUUCGCGCCUCCCAGUUCGACCUCAUCAAAGCCGGCUUCAAGGCCGAAGGCGAAGUUGUUUCUGUUAACAUGGUCUUUCUCAAGGCUGGAACUCCAUCUCCCACUGGUUUUGUGAUGAAUUUGCAGCCGUCUGAAGCAGAAGCUGGAUUCGACAUUCGAGUGCCACCUACUGCUGAUCCGGAAUCCUUGGAGAGACGCAUUGCUGAAGAAUGGGCACCUUCGUCCCGCAAUAUGUCAUUCUCUCUUGGGCAGUUCAAACAAAAGGCAUCCACUCACAGCAAAUCUGGGAAACCACUCCUCACAAAAACCGAUAGUUCCAAUCCUUGGUGGAGCCUUCUUGAAAAUGCUGUUGAAAUGGCUGGUAGUAAACUUGGUAAGCCGGAGGUCUUUCCUGCAGCAACAGAUGCACGCUACUUCCGUGACCUUGGAUUACCAGCAAUUGGAUUCUCACCUAUGGCAAACACCCCUAUUCUACUCCAUGACCAUAAUGAGUUUCUACACAAAGAUGAAUACUUGAAAGGGAUUGAAAUUUACGAGUCAAUAAUCAAGGCAUAUGCAUCAUUCAAUGACCAUGGAAGAGAUGGAGCAUCCAAAGAUGAGUUAUGAGUAUUAAAUGAUCAUGCAAGAGAUAAGUUACGAGCAAAUGGUGCGGCACCAACACAUCUAGUUCACACUUUCUGCCUUUUCUCGAUCAAUGUAACAAUACAGAGGAAAAUUAAUACUUAGAAUUGGCUGAGUAGAUUCUGACACGUGGCAUUAAAGAGGAAUCGAAUGAGAUGGUCACAAACUUAGCUCAGAGCAACUUGGCACUUCCAUGAAUGCAUUCGUAGAAAACAUUUCUGUGCAUAAUAUUGUUAAAAGUCACUCCUAGGAUUCACUGCAUUGUUGACUACUUUUUUCUUAAAAAAAUAAUUAUGUUCUUUUAAA